AUGUCUGCCGACGAAAACAACAAGAAAGAAGAAGAUCCAACAUUCCUGCGCGUGCACAAAUAUGACCCAAGCACACAUGCGACAGGCCAGAACCGUCUCAUCGGUAUUGAUAAUUACGACGAGUUUGAGACCAAGACAUUAGCCGAUCUGAGAAAGCUUUUGAUAGACCAUGGAGUCUUUUCUUCUACAGAUGUCAAGAACUUCAAAGUGAUUGCUGGUGAAAGUGAAAAGCCGCCGGCAGAUGGGGUCGGCCAGUUGAGCGUCUACUAUAUCCAGAAGAAGACUCGCACAAAUAUCGAUGACGAGACAAAGGCAUUCCUCAAGAAUCAACUAGAUCUCAACCUAAAGGGUCAAAAGCUGUCCGAGGCAGACGCGAAACUGCUUGAGGCUUCGUUUAACCAAGCGCAGUGGAUGGCCAGCUCAGGAGGCAAGCUAAGUCAUGCUGUUGAUCUCAACGAAACGCAGUGGGAUGCUAUCACACGAACUAAUUGCCUCCUCAGCGGCCACAGGAUGGUGGUUUAUCAAAAGAGAAAAGCUAGUGAUGACCACAAGGCUGCAAAAACCGAAGUACCGGCCAAGACCACAGAGAUGAAGGUCGAGCGCAGCCCAUACAGCGCCUUUCAAAUAAAGCCAAGAAAAUUCGAGAAGUGGGAGAUUUCGGAACCUAGUACAUCCACGGACUCCGAGUUACCAGAGCUUCAAUUCAGGAUCCCUCGUUUCCGAGUCGACGACGACUCAUACGUGACCGUCUAUGAAACGCAGAACGCUUUGGAGUCUUCACUUGCAACUAGCUCGUUCUCCGAGACGUCAGUGGAAGCAUCCAUCGGCGCUAGCUUCUGGGGUGUAUCUGCAGCAGCGAAAGGUGGAUUUGCUGCUGAGAGCAAGGAUGAUUCGGUGGCUGCAACCUCCGCAAAACAACAGACCAUGCACAUCGCUUACAAGUUUCCGCGUGUUACUCUCUACCUCGACCCAAUUGGUCUUGAGGUUACCGAAGAAUGCAAGCAGGAUAUUCUCGGAGUCGUGGAUAAGCAGAGUCUAAUCGACUUCAGCAACAAGUACGGUGAUAUCUUUCCGCAGAGGGUCCAGCUUGGGGGUGUCCUCAAUUCCAGCGUGGCCAGUCUUGCUAUGAGCAGUCAGACUAAGGAGGCUAAAGCCAGGUCAUUGAAAAUCUCGGCCGCUGCCUCAUUCUCGUCAUCAUUCGCACAGGCAUCCGUCAGUGCAAGCCAUGGCCAAGGUGACAGCUCAAACAAAGAUGAAUCAGAGAAGGAUCUCACGAACUCAAUGGCCUGGGAGGCAACUGGGGGUGAUACAACGCUAUGUAACAACCCUUCGGCGUGGUGUGCAACAGUGGGUGAUUACUACAACUGGAGAGUGAUUGACCAAUGCGACAUCCUUCCACUCUACAAGGUGCUCGGCUCAAUCGCUGGUUUUGGAGAUGUCGAAGAUCGAUUCAAAAGGAGCGCCAACAACGCAUACCAACUGUCACGCGUCAAUUUCAGCUUCAGUUUUACCGACGGAGUGUACAAGUGGCCUCUAUCACUCCUAGAUGAGACCCGUCCUCCUAUCAAAUUUGAGGAAGAUUUCAAGACAAAGCAGCUUCAAUCUAAAGAAUGGCAACAGAAGAGGAAUGAUCUAAUAAGUGAAGUCUCACAGUCGGGGUUCGUUCCAUGCUUCGUCGGUGAGCCUAGAUAUCGAAACGUUUGGACGAUGGAAUAUGCAAUUCCUAAAGGUGGAGAACAAAAGAUACCGGCAAACACUUUUGCGAAGAUCCAAAACCUCAGCGAUCAGCCCGCUCGCCGUUCAUUAGCCGUUAGCAAAGAAUUGCCGGGUUACCCUUCCCGUUGGGUUUAUCAAUCAAGCUCCGAGAAUGAAGAUACCUUCUGCCUAGAGCCCAUCGAUGUGUCAAAGCCCAAGUCCACAAUAGAGAACGGCGACCGUGUAUUUAUCAAGUCUUCGGAGGGCCUAUACAUGUUCCGUGACCUGUCGAGUGGGUAUAUCGCUAUGAUCAGUAAAACUGAGAUGGAAAAUCUUGGCUCAGAGCACUCUUACGCCACGUUCGUCUUCGGGAAUAUCAAAGUGAAUUAA